AUGAUUAACAAAGAGGUACCAACAGCAGUCAAUCAUAUUCCAGAAUAUGUGCAUCACGGACCACAGUCCAAUCUAUUCAUCGAUUACUUGUAUAAAGCAGCCGGUACUGCCCGAGUUUCUGCCCUGGCCAAGAACGUGACCUCGAGCGAGGACGCAACCACCUGCAUUAUGGCUACUUUUUUGUGUAGAUACAGUAACGAGAUCCAACAGAUGAUGUACGUGGCUGGUGAGACGCAAGAUGUCUCCGUUGAGACCUUGACAAUGGUGGAGCAAAUUGUCCAUGAGCAGAUCAGACAUCUGUUGUCUAUUGCAAACGAAAUAGCAGGGCGUCGUCGCAAACGUACCAUUGAUAUUGAUGAUAUUAUAUUCCAGAUUCGUCAUGAUACCAACCGUGUCGCACGCAUCCAAAGGCUUUUACGAUGGCGAGCUAUUCGCCGCGACGCCAAAAAGACAAACAGAGACGCUGGAGGUGAUGGCGACGCCGAUGUCGACAUGGACGACGAGGACUUCUCAGAAGAUCCGCUCGAAAGUCCUCCGACCGAAGAGGCUGCAGGCAAAAAGACAGAACCUGCAGCGGGUAUCCUGCCCUGGGACAUGGAAUAUUUUUACUCGAUCGUCCCUCCAGGAGGCGAAACAAACGAAACACUACUCAAUAAAGCAGGAGAUGUCUCCCUGGAAAGUCUCCGCUGGGCAGAUGAAAUCACAAAGAACAUGUCGAAACAGGAAUAUGACAGGUGGGCCAUGUACCGCAAAGCCUCUUUCACGACACGCAAAACGAAGCGUUUCCAACAGUGGGCAGGCAUCGGUGUCAUAGCCCGAGUCGUGAAGAAGAGUGAUACUCUUGAGAUUAUCGGUUUUCUGGCUGUUGAAAUGGUCAAGCGCCUGACAGAUAUUGCCUUGACAAUUCAGGCACAGGAUUUGGCAGCAUUCAAAAGACGGAACGGCCAAUGCGCGGCAGCUGUUGGAUCGAGACGACAUGGAUUGUUCGUGCCAGUAGACACUGAUAGACCACCAAUCAAUGUUGAGCAUAUCCGGAGGGCGUUUGACGAGACACAGAUGAAACCCAAAAAGAAGCGGGUAAGGCUGAACAGGACUGCGGGAACAAGGACUCUAGUGUUAAUCUAG